AUGUCACCAAAGAAACUCCUUCGACCUGCAACAGUAAAUCUCAAGUCGGCUAAGAAGAAAAAGGAGCUGAAUAAGAAGUCUGCCUCGACGCUGAUGGAGUUUGUCCUGCUGUUAGCCUUCGUGGCCCUCCUGUUCUACGCCGCACAGAUGGACAAGGACACACUGGCCUUCCACGAGAGGCAGACACUGUCCAGCAACAUUCUGAACGAGUUUGAUGCGAUCAGGACACCUGAUCAGUUGUAUUCCUGGCUUGAGGAGGUGCUGUUGCCAACCCUCCACCCAUCAUCCUGGUACAACGGGCGGCAGAUGCGGUACUUAGACCGGCAGUUCGCGCACAACACCGCGGCCUUCCGUAUCGGCCCUGCACACCUGACACAGAUGAGACAACAUCCAGGUGCCAUGACGAAGGAGAAACAUGCUGGCCGAGGCUGGGAUGUUCAACCAGGGAACACGUCUUGUAUCAGUUGGCGAUUCCUCUUUCCUACCCUCUCAACCCACCCGAACUACUAUUCUGACUGCAAGAACAUUCACUCUGUCGACCUCCCUCUUGACUAUAACGCCGCUGUGUCGUUCAUUAAUGCAUUGAAAGAUUCCGAGUAUUUAGAUAAAUACACAAAGUCCUUUACAAUCGACAUCAACUUCUACAACCCCAAUUUGAAGCUGUUCAGCGUUGUGCACAUGGUCAUAGACCAUUCUAAUAUUGGCAGUCUCAUGCCAGAAGCAACAAUCACGUUGUUUCGAUUGUUUCAAUACGAAAGCGCUAAUGACUACACUAGUCUGUUUCUGCACAUCCUAUUCACACUUCUCUUCUUAGUCAUACACUUCAAGGAGGUUAAGUCAGUGGUAGAUGCAGGGUGGGUGUAUUUUACUUCUCCGUGGAAUGCUGUUGGAUGGUUCAGCCUCAUCUGUACGGCUACAACCAUCUCCGUCUUCAUCAAGCGGUACGCCGUGGCUGCUGAUACACUCGCCUUGGUGGCCAGGAGCAAUGGAGAUCUGGGAUUUCAAGACUUUGUGGACCUGACAACCGCUGCUUGGUGGGAUGCUUGUUUCAAACACGUCUUGGGUAUCACCGUCUUCAUCAACACCAUCUCCUUACUGCGCAUAGUCCGCUUCAGUCAAACGAUCGGCAAACUCCUGGCUCUACCCGGCAUCAUGAAGGAGGAAAUCUUGUCGUUCUUGGUCGUUGCUGUAGUUGCCUUCACGGCCUUCAUCAGCUCCGGGUACCUUGUGUUUGGGAGCCACAUAGAGUCGUACUCGGACCUGUACCAAACAACAUACGCGCUAUUUGAGAUGAUGCUUGGCAGGUUUUUUGCCAAUGAAAUGCUGGAUUCCAACCCCAUUACCGGGCCGAUCUUCUUCUCCACAUUCAUGAUCUUCAUCUUCAUCCUCCUGAUGAACUUCCUCAUGACCAUCAUCUGUGACGCCAUUUCCGCUGACGUUGACGUCACCCAUGACCGUGAACUUGCCGAUCACGUGUGGAGGAGCUUCAAUGCCAUGUUGGGUUUCCACAGCCCACCAAACAAUCAGGACAAAGCAGGUGCACCGAAGCUAGAAGAGCUGCAAGCUAACCUACGCCUUCUUCAGGAGGGACUUGAUGAAAGCCUGGACAUCUGUAACUCCAUCCUUCCACGGGACGACCGGAGCCGUCUCAACGUCAGAACACGAAAAUGCCAAACACGUGCCUCUCAGAAGCAGUCCUGUCCAGUCAUUGAUACUGAGUGUAAAGUGACAAUACAUAUCGAACCAGCAUCAGAUUCGGAUUCAGAUGUCUAA